AUGACCACAUUAGGUUUGCAUGAUUCAAUAAAAGACCGACAGUCAAACCGUGUGAUAUGUGGGUGCUAUGUCCUUAUAAUUACCAUACUAGUUUUUUUCGUAAUCGAUAGGGCGGAGAUUUCACUUGCGUUUGAACUGUCUGGCACUACUACACAAUUUUUCAGUAUGAAAGGAGGUGAUUUCAAAGCGAGGCAAAUUGUUUGUUCAGCAAGAGACAUCCAACUGAUCUCUGCAUGUGGCCCUGUUUCUCGAGAGUCUUUCAAUCAGCUGUUGAAUGAUUUGACCCUGUCUGGAAAAAAAUAUGGCCUAAAGAGCAAGGUGCCUGAUAGUUCUGCUGCAGGUGCCGAGUACGAUUGCAAGGAGAUCCACACUCUCACUCUCCUACCACAUGCAAUCUACAACAACAGCAGCUGCAAUGACAGCAGCUGCAACAACAGCAGCUACAACAACAGCAGCUGCAACAACAACAGCAGCUACAACGACAGCAGCUGCAAUGACAGCAGCUGCAACAACAGCAGCUACAACAACUGCAGCUACAACAACAGCAGCUGCAACAGCAACAAUAACACUAUUAAUAAUAACAACAACAAUUGUAAUUAUAACCGUAAUAAUAACUCAUCCUUGAUAUAA